AUGAAUGACAUGAAUGAUGACUUUGGAGUAACCAUGGGAUACACAAAAGCAUGGAGAUCAAGAGAAAAAGCUUUGCUUCUAGUAAGAGGGAACCCCGAUGAUUCAUAUCAAAAGUUGCCAAUGUAUCUUUACAUGUUGAAGCAAGCAAGUCCAGGAACAGUAACACAUCUACUCACAGACAAUGAACAUAGAUUCAAAUACCUGUACAUAGCUUUCUCUAACUCAAUCAAAGAAUCAGAAAAUGAUAACUCUUGGCUUUGGUUCUUCCCCAAACUGAGAGACACAUGUGGAGAACCCGAAGGAUUGGCUAUUGUUUCCGACAGACACAAGAGCAUAGAGAAUGCAGUACAUAUAGUGUACCCAAAUGUGUUCCAUGGAGCUUGCAUGUAUCACUUGCUCAAUAAUUUGAAAAGCAAGUAUGGAAACCAUGGAGAAGAGCUACAAAUGAAUUUCAUUGCAACAGCAAAAGCAUACACAAAAACAGAAUGUGAACACUACAUGAGAAGCCUUGAUAGACUUGACAGACGCAUUAGAACCUAUUUAGAGAAAGCCAAGUAUGAAACUUGGGCAAGAUCAUACUCACCAACAAAAAGAUACACCAUGAUGACAUCCAACAUCGCAGAAUCGCUCAACGCUGCACUAAAAGCUGCAAGAAAUCUCCCUAUGGAUAUCUUGGUUGAAUGUCUUAGAAGUUUAGUUCAAAAGUGGGUUUGGAACAAUUCAAAUAAUGCAAAUGGAACAUUCACAAAAGUGUCUACAGCAACAGCAAAUGAGUUGAGACAUGACAUUGUUUCAAAAAUGAAGUAUGAGGUAUCCAACUAA